GGAAAAACGAAGAAGAGAUGACGGCAUUCUCUAGGGUUUUCGGCGGAUGCCGGACACUGAUGGCGAAGGCGGCGGCUAAUGCGGCGGCUACUGGCGUUUCAGCUGGUAAAGAAGGAAAAGGAAUACUAAAGACUGUUCCGGUCUCGAAGACGCUGGCUAGCUUCGCCGGAGAAAGCGAACUCUCUCGUGCCACAGCUGUGAAGAAAGUGUGGGAGCAUAUCAAGAGUAACAACCUUCAGAAUCCAGAUAAUAGAAAGGAGAUAUUUUGCGAUGAUAAGUUGAAGACGAUCUUUGAAGGCAAAGACAAAGUUGGAUUCACUGAGAUCGCCAAGCUCUUGUCCCCACAUUUUCCUAAGUCGGUCUGAUGAUUGCUGAUGUUUUUUUCUACCUAAUCCAAGCAAUAGUUUGCUUUCUCUCGAUUCGUUUUUGAUGUAUGUACAUUAUAUGAAGAAAAAAAAGAAGCAGCAAAACUCUGCUGGUUAUAUUUUUAUGGUAAUUUCGUUUGAUUUUGGGAUCUUUUGAUAUUGGUUGGUCUUUCAUGCUCAAUCAGUUUCAUUAAUUUAUCAAUUGUAUGAAAGCUAUAGAUUUUUUU